GCAUGGGAGGCUGUACAAAGAGAUCUACUCCCUCCCCCAUCCAUCCUCCUCACUGUAGCCAGUGCUUCUAGCGCGAGAUGAGAAAAGGAUGCGAUUAAACACUGGGAUUAAAUAAUAUACCAUUACUACACUUCUCAUGAUGUAUGAACGACUAUUUAUUUCGCGUUCCACGAGUUCCUCGUUAAUGGAUUUCUCACCAGUCUGUUUUUUUUCUAAAUGAUGUUUCCAUGGGGAAUAACGCUGAAUUCUAGCGGAUCGGGGAUGACAAAGAGAAUGGGAUACAGAGACUGGAGAUGGCUGGCGCUUUGGUGGCAUUAUGUGUUCUUUUUAUGGAGUACAGUAAAUGGACAGACUCGCUACAGUAUCCCAGAAGAGCUGGAAAGAGGCUCCUUGGUUGGAAAUCUUGCCAAAGAUUUGGGUUUAGGACUGUCAGAUAUUUUUAACCGUAAUCUGCGUGUCGCCUCUGAGGCUGGUGAGCAGUAUUUCAGCGUGGAUGCGGGGAAGGGUGAGCUUUUAGUGAAUGACAGAAUAGACAGAGAGGCUUUGUGUGGACAAAGCGCCAGCUGUGUGUUACCUCUGCAGGUUGUUAUAGAAAAUCCGCUACAGUUACACCGGAUCGAAGUGGAAAUUAGAGACGUAAAUGACAAUGCCCCUAGUUUUCUAAAAAGUGAUCACAUAAUUGAAAUAGCCGAAUCCACAGCUGUAGGUGUUCGUUUUCCCUUAGAGAUGGCAGUGGAUCCCGACGUAGGGAGUAAUGGACUAAAAACAUACACACUAAGUAAAGAUGAGUGCUUCAGUCUAAAAGUUAAAGAAAUUGAAAAUGGAGGGAAAAUACCCGAAUUAGUAUUGAAUAACUCUUUAGAUCGCGAGAAAAAAUCCACUCACAAUUUAUUUCUUACUGCCAUAGACGGAGGUAAUCCUGUCAAGACCGGAACUUCCAAAAUAAUUAUAACUGUGCUUGACGUCAAUGACAAUGUGCCAUUAUUCGAAAACAGUUUUUAUAAAAUCGCUGUUAAAGAAAACAUUGCAAAUGGCUCUUUUGUUAUUACAACAAAAGCAACAGACAUAGAUGAGGGUCCGAAUGGAGACAUUGAGUACUCGCUUGGUAUACACACGCCGCCAUCAGUGGUCUCGUUGUUUUAUAUUGAUACUGUAACCGGGGAUAUAUAUCUUAAACAGCAAUUGGACCACGAAACUCAGACAUCAUAUCGUAUAGAUAUUAGUGCAACAGAUAAAGGCUUCCCUAAAAUGGAGGGUCGCUGUACUGUCCAGGUGGAUGUAUUAGACGUAAAUGAUAACGCGCCAGAAAUUGUACUCACUUCAAAAUCAACUUCUGUGCCCGAAGACUCUCGCAGCGGCACUGUGGUGGCUUUGCUCAGCGUUCGUGACCUCGAUUCCGGUGAUAAUGGCAAAGUCACGUUACAACUUCCCAAAACGUUUCCAUUCACUCUGAAACCUUCGUUUUCUAAUAAUUACGCACUGGUUACCAACGGCCCUUUAGACCGAGAGAGAUGUUCAGAGUAUAAUAUAGAAAUCAAAGCCACUGAUUCAGGCUCUCCUCCUCUGUCCAGUAAGAAAACUAUACCUGUCACUAUCACUGAUGUAAAUGAUAAUGCUCCUGUAUUCACUCAGAAAACCUAUAAUGUGUAUUUAAAAGAGAAUGGAGUACCAGGCUCUAUCCUAUACUCAGUAUCAGCAUCUGACCUGGAUUUUGGUGAAAACGCAAAGGUCUCUUACUCUAUACUGGACUCUAAAGUGCAGGACGUUUCUGUCUCAUCGUAUGUUUACAUUAACUCAGAUAACGGCAGCAUCUACAGCAUGCACUCGUUUGACUAUGAGAAACUGAAGGUGUUUCAGAUUCAGGUUCAGGCAAAGGAUCAGGGCUCUCCGUCUCUCAGCAGCAACGCCACUGUCCAUGUUUUCAUCCUGGACCAGAACGACAAUGCCCCCGCUGUUAUUUACCCCUCCUCCGCUGCAAUGGGCUCCCUCUCUCAUCAGAGGAUGCCCCGCUCCGCGAAAGCGGGUCACCUGGUUACCAAGGUGACAGCUGUGGACGCUGAUUCGGGCCAUAACGCCUGGAUCUCCUACAGACUGGCGGAGGCCACAGACGCCUCUCUCUUUACUGUCAAUCUGUACACAGGGGAGGUGAGGACUAAACGCGCUGUGUCCGAGCAGGACGACUCCUCUCAGAGGCUCCUUAUAGAGAUCAAGGACGACGGGGAACCGAUCCAGUCCUCCACAGUCACGGUGUCCAUCAUACUGGAGGACGGUCUCCAUGAGCCCAUCUUAGACCUCCGACAUAAAGCGGCCGAGCCCAGCAAGAAAACUGGGAGAAUCACCCUGUAUUUGAUUCUCUCUCUGGCCUCGGUGUCCGUGCUGUCUCUGCUCACUUUCCUCAUCUUAGCGGUUAAAUGCAUCAGGAACAGCAGGAGCAGCAGCACGUGCUGCAUGAGACGGACUGACUCUGAUGAUUACAAGAACCCCAACAGAAACCUGCAGAUUCAGCUCAACACUGAUGGACCUAUAAAGUACGUGGAGGUCCUGGGAGGAGACAUGCUGUCUCAGAGUCAGUCCUUCAGGUCCUGUAUGUCUCCAAUGUCAGAGUACAGCGAUUUCACUCUGAUUAAACCCAGCAGCACCACAGACUUUAAGGAGGUGAUCAGUGUCCUGGAUGCUUCUUUGCCCGACAGCACCUGGACCUUUGAGAGCCAGCAGGUGAGCAGAAGAGAAUAAGGUCUUACUUUAAAAUGUUUUUGUUCAAUAAUUAAUUUCUUUGUAAA